UUGCAAGGUCAAAGCACAUAGGCAUAGUAUCUAUCACAUGACAUGACAUGAUCACAAUCAAUCAACCAAUAACAGAAGAUAAAAAAAGAUGGUGGACAGGAAAGGUCACUUGCUUUUGUUUCUCUUCUUCUUUCUGGCAUGUUCCUCCUCUGUUAGUUGUCAAGAGGCUGGGAGGCUCCCAUAUCUGGGCCCUCCAAAUCUACAAGAAAUAACACCAGAGGAAAUACAAGAUGUUCUCACCAUUUUUCACGAGAUGUUCCCAAAAUUGCUCAGUGAACAAGCCAACAGCUCCUUAAAGUGCGCAGAUGCUUGGGAGAAACUAGAAAAAGAGAAAUAUACACAAAAGACUGGAGGAAGAAGUCUCUCUGUCAAUGCAACAACAGCAGUCUUCGAUUCUUUCGGUAAACCAGGAUCGGGGAUACUAGAAGGUAACACUGCCUUCCAAGGGUCCUUUGAUGAAUGCUUAAGCAUCAAGACUAGUGUACCCAUGAAUUAUAGUUUAAUGGGAAUAGCUGUUGUUAGGACGGCCGAUGAAUCUCCAAUAUUUGUUUUCUAUGAAGGCUUGUGCGUACCUACUAUCUGUACCCCUAGUGAUAUAUUUGAAGUUGUCCAUCAAAUGAAUGAAUCCCUUGAGAUGUUUAAUUUAUCAUUAUUUGUGAACGAAACCGUGUCUGAUGGACAGCAGUUCUUUAUGAGCACGCCUCAAAGUGGCAGGCCUUACGAUGCAGGUGCAAUCGUCAUGAUCACGCUCUGCUUUAUUUUGCUCUUUCUUGCUCUUGUUGGAUCAGUUUUUGACCUUGCUCUCAAGUAUUUCGAUGAUCCACAAAAUCAGUGUAAUAAGACAGAAUUGACCACAAGUCAAGAUAAUACUGUUACACCGGAACACUCGCUAGAAACUGACUCAUUACUUGGAAGCAAGGUGAAAAAACCUUCAAGAAUGUUCGGCAAGCGUUUCAAGACUUUCCUCAAAGAGUGUCUACUCGGUUUCUCUCUUUAUAAGAAUGUCCCGGUCGUCUUGUCAACCUACCAGCCACCAGCUGCUAUCACUAAUCUCAACGGUAUGAGAGUCAUUAGCAUGUUCUGGGUAAUACUCGGCCAUACCUAUGUCUUCAUACUGAUGGUUGGUGGCUUUAAAAACAUCAAUUUCGUCGUCAGCUCUUUUAUACCACGCUUCACUGCUCAAGCUGUCACCAAUGCAUUCUUUGCCGUAGACUCUUUCUUCUAUAUAAGCGGAUUCCUAGUUGCUUACCUGACUCUCCGAGAAAUGAAAAGAAGAAAUGGAAGCUUUCCUUACAUCACGUACUACCUCCACAGGAUACUCCGUCUCACGCCCACGUACAUGUUCGUUUUAUUCUUCUAUUGGUUCUUGUCUGUCUAUUUAGGCAAAGGUCCAAGGACACCUAGUAUUGCUGGCCCUGAUUCACUCGCAUAUAAGUAUUGUUCCUCUUAUUGGUGGACCAAUCUCCUCUACAUCAAUAACUUUUAUCCGUCAAAUUUUGGUGAACAGUGCAUGGGGUGGGCUUGGUACUUAGCCAAUGAUAUGCAGUUCUUUGUUAUCACUCCUCUGUUCCUCAUUGUACUCUAUGCCUCCUUUCGAAUCGGUCUCGUUAGCAUUGGGAUCACUCUAGCAGCUUCUAUGGGAGUCACUGGCUUCAUUGCUGGUUUUUAUGGCUAUCCAGCUAAUGAAAUAUAUGAUUUAUAUGCGGGCAUAACACCAAAUGCAAGUAUACCUGACAUGAAUAAUCAGAUAUAUGGUAAACCAUAUUGUCGGAUUGGUCCUUACCUUAUUGGUAUUCUCUGCGGAUAUAUAAUAUUUAAAAACUACCAGACUACAUUUAGUAAGCAGCUCAAUUGGAUCUUCCACCUAGUCCUAUGGGGUCAUGCUAUUAUAAUAGGUAUGUCUGUAGUGUACGGGUUUUAUGGUAACUUUCGUGGUCACGAGGUUUCCAAGGCUGGAGACGUUGUCUACUUUAUGCUAUCCAGGCCAGCAUGGGGAGUUGCUCUAGCUAUUGUUACCUACACCUGUCACUAUGGUUACGGAGGAGUCAUAAACAGGUUCCUUUCUUUACCUUUUUGGGUCCCAUUAGGUCGACUGACCUUCAAUGCUUACCUUGUACAUGAGAUACUUCUUGUUGUUUUCUACAGUGAGCUAAGAGAACCCAUCUCUUAUGGUGACACCACAAUGACUAUCUUCUGUAUUGGUAUCGUGGUCCUGUCUUAUGGAGCAGCUGGUUUGGUGACUGUCUUUGUUGAGUUCCCAGUGUCUAAUAUUGAGAUUGCCGCUUUUAAAUUAUUUGGUGCUAAAAUUCGUGAGUCUACACGCAUCAUUGGACAAGAGACUAACACUACAACUAAUAGCAAUGAAGUCAAAAAAUGAAUGACUAUAAUUAUAUUAUUAAUUAUUUUUUUUACGUGAGAAGUAGUAGUGUUUUUUGCUCCCAAUAUUGGCUGGGAAGUAACGUAGGCCUAUUUUAUACUUAUUGUCUUAUUUUAGAAACAUAUUUUGCUAUGAA